GCGGGGUCCCCUUGACCCCAAAAUGGGCAACGCCAAGAGCGGGGCGCUGUCCCGCGAGGUCCUGGAGGACCUGAAGACGAGCACGCGCUACACGGAGGAGGAGCUGUGCCGCUGGUACGAGAGCUUCCAGCGCCAGUGCCCCGACGGGCGCAUCAGCCGCGCCGAGUUCGAGAAGAUCUACGGCACCUUCUUCCCCAACUCGGACCCGCAGGGCUACGCGCGCCACGUCUUCCGCAGCUUCGACACCAACGACGACGGCACGCUGGAUUUCCGGGAGUACAUCAUCGCGCUGCACCUCACCUCCAGUGGGAAAACCCACCUGAAACUGGAGUGGGCGUUCUCGCUCUUCGACGUGGAUCGCAACGGGGAGGUCAGCAAGAGCGAGGUGCUGGAGAUCAUCACGGCGAUUUUCAAGAUGAUCCCGGCCGAGGAGCAGAAGUUGCUGCCCGAGGACGAGAACAGCCCCCAGAAACGGGCGGACAAACUCUGGGCGUAUUUCAAAAAGGGGGAGAACGAUAAAAUUGCAGAGGGAGAAUUCAUCGAGGGCGUGAUGCAGAACGACGCCAUCAUGAGGCUGAUCCAGUACGAGCCCAAAAAAUGAGAAAUAAAAACCCAAAAAAAUCCCCAAAA